GAAUUUACUUGAAAAACUUUAAAAUAUUUUCAAUAUUUAUCAUAAGUAAUGCGUAGAUUAUUACCACUUGACUUUGUACUUUAUUAUUUCCAUUAUAAUCUAUUCAAUAAGUAGUCAAGAUAGUAACCAAUGGCUGCAAUCAUGUUAAGUAAUCGUUUUCCGUCUUUAUUUGUUACAACAUGCAAUGCACAUAAUUGGGUACAGUCAUAGCAACGUAAGAAGUUUAAGUGGUACUUCAAAGAAAUUGAAGAAUGGAAGAGACAUCAAAAAAAAUGUUGACAUACACUUCUGUUUACGACAAGAGGAUUGCUGCGAAUAUUGGAAACGAAUUUUCUAGACUUCAAGGACAAUGUUAUUUGGAUCAUGCUGGUGCUACACUUUAUUCCAAAACACAAAUCAAAAAUGUAAGCGAUGAUUUAUGUAACUCCCUUUAUGGUAAUCCACAUUCUAUUGGCCUUGCAGGUGGUAUUACUCAUGAUAACAUUGAACAAAUAAGACAUAGGACAUUUUAUUUAUAUGCAAGACAAUCAUACUUCAGUUCUUGGAAUGAGAGAGAUUGUCUCUCAAAAAAAGGUUAAAAUAACUUGUCUUAGUCAUAAACAUGCAUUUCAAGUAUUAGAACAACCAGUAAAUUCUUCAAAUAAUAAUGUAGCAAGUGACAAUAAUUCUCUUUUUGUUUAUCCUGCCCAAUGCAAUUUUUCUGGUGCAAAAUAUCCACUCGAAUGGAUUCAAAAUGUACACAAUAAUGUGCUUUCCAGCGUCACUGGUCAAUUAAAUACAAAGUGCUAUGUUCUCCUGGAUGCAGCAGGUUUUGUACCAACAAAUGAUUUAAAUUUAUCCAUAUUUAAACCAGAUUUUGUGUGUAUAUCUUUUUAUAAGAUGUUUGGAUAUCCAACUGGUAUUGGUGCUUUAAUAGUAAAAAAUUCUAGUGCAGAUGUUCUUGAUAAAGUCUAUUACGGAGGAGGCACUGUAAAUGUUUCUCUUAGUUCUGAAAUGUUUCAUGUGAAGCGUCAAAACUUAUAUCAAAGAUUCGAAGAUGGAACCAUACCAUUUUUAUCUAUAAUAUCACUACAAUAUGGAUUAGAUAUACUUCUAAAAAUUAGUAUAAAGCAAAUAUCAAGUCAUGUAUUCGCACUUGCUAAAUAUUUGCAUCACACUCUAUUAAGAUUGCAUCAUUGUAAUGGUGCACCUGUUGUAAAAAUUUAUUCAGACAAUGACUAUGAAGAUCCUAACUUACAAGGAGGAAUUGUUACAUUUAAUAUUCUUAGGUCCAAUGGCGAAUAUGUUGGAUAUAUGGAAGUUGCACAUAUGGCUGCACUUUUUAAAAUACAUCUCAGAACUGGUUGUUUCUGUAAUCCUGGUGCAUGCCAAAGACAUCUAUCCCUUAAAAAUGAAGAAAUUUUACAAAAUUAUGAUGCAGGCUAUGUAUGUGGUGGUGCUGCAGAUAUAAUAAAUGGUAAACCAACUGGUGCUAUACGAAUUUCAUUUGGAUAUAUGUCUGUGAUCGAAGAUGUUGAGACUUUAUUACAAAUGAUAACUAAAUGCUUUUUGAGCAAAUCAGAAAAAAAUUUAAGCAUAUCAGAAGUUCGUAAAUUAAAUCAUAUUGAGACUAAAAAUAAGAAAUAUCUUAUAAAUGAUAAAGAUAAUAUAAAAGAAUUUGAGGAUAAGGCAUGGUAUUCAUCAUUUUUAUAUGGUGCAAAAUAUUUAAAAAAUACUAAUAACUUAAAAAGUAAUAUUACUCUAAAACGAUUGUUUAUAUAUCCUAUAAAAUCAUGUGGAGCAUUUGAAAUAACUACUUCUUGGACUUUGAAUGAGAAAGGUUUAGAAUAUGAUAGAGAAUGGAUGAUAAUGACAUCAAAUGGAAUUUGUUUGACUCAAAAGCAACAAACUAAUCUUUGUUUAAUUAAACCAUUUAUAUCCAAAGAAACGCAAGUCAUAAGAUUAACAUAUCCAGGAAUGCCAUUAGUAGAAAUACCUUUGAAGUAUUCUGAAGAUUAUGUAAAUGGUACAAUAUGCCAAAGUAGAGUUUGCGGACAAAAAGUUCAAGGCAUUGAUUGUGGAGAAGAUGUGUCUGAGUGGUUGAGCUUAGCUAUUGGUCAUCCAAAUUUAAAACUUGUUAGGCAAAUUAAUCAUGAAAUCAAAGACAAACUAAAGCAAGGAUUACAUAAUCCAAAACUAUCCUUUUCGAGUCAAGCUCAAUAUCUAUUAUUGAAUGAAGAAAGUAUAUCAUGGUUAUGUAGUAGAAUUGUUAAUGCAGAAGAUUUUAACAAAGAUACGGUAUUACAUAGAUUUAGGGGAAACAUUGUUUUAAGUGGCUGCAAAGCUUUUGAAGAACUUUCAUGGAAAUUAAUACGAAUAGGCAAAACUGAAUUCCAGGUAAAUGGAUCUUGCACAAGAUGUCAAAUGAUAUGCAUUGAUCAAACAACAGGCAUAAAAACGGUAGAACCAUUACGUACAUUAGCAGAGGAAUUUCAUGGAAAAUUAAAAUUUGGCAUAUAUCUUACAAGAUUGACAACAAAAGAAGAAAUAUUAAAUAUUGGAGAUACAGUGUACUUUGAUUGAUAUGAAAUAAUAUAUAUAUAU